AUGGAACCCUUAAUCGAACAAAAUGCAAUAAGUUCUUACCCCAAAUUAGGCCAAUGUCGCCCUCCCGAAACCCUCUUCUUGAUCGUUAAAACCCAAGCGAUGUCUUUCUUGUCUACUCGAUCCAGCAACAUCCUUCGUCUUGGACACCAUGGUCAUGAUGAACAAUGUCCCCCAUGUAAGUGUAAAAAUGGUAUCAACGUCGAAAGAAUCGCUUGGACCGACGAUAACCCAACUUGCAAGUUUUGGAACUGCAAAAACUCAGUUUCAAGUGAUGGUCCAAGCUGUAAAUUUUUCAAGUGGAAAGACGAGGAAAUGGAGGAGGAGUAUUACAAAGACCAUCUUUGUAAGAUGAGGUAUGAGGAGUUGAUGGAAGUUGAGAAGGAUGGUUUCGAGAUAGAGUUGAUGGAGCUGAAUAAGAAGAAUCCAAUCAUGAAGACUUACCUGAGAUAUGCUAAGUGUUUGAUCCUUGUGUUGUUCAUUGCAAUCAUUAGGAUGUGGUUGAAGUCUGACUUUGGCGGUUAA